ACAUAUUUCAUUGCCUACCUUAGUAUGCGAAUAGCUUUAUUUAGGUAUAUGUUUAUAUAAAUUAUUUAAAAAUACUUGCAUGUUAUUUUUAAUUCUAAUUAUGUUUUCAACGCAUAUCUUCAGCUUGAAAGAAUAUGUAAAAUUAUACAUUUUCCUAUACGUAUAGCAUAAGAUCGAUAUAUUUUGUUUAUAUUUGCGUAAGAGAUAUGUGAGGUUAUGUUAUGAAAUUAAAAAAUUGACGCCAUAUUUGGCAACUAUGCAAUAUGGCAGUACUCGUUGUGCGUAAACUAUAAUACAAAUAUAGCAUUAAGAGACAUCGAUGAAGAACAUCUUACUUGAAGUAUUUUAUCAAGUUUAUCACUUAAACUUCUUAUAGGUUUUUAAAACUUUAUCAAAUACGUGAUAAUGUGGCAAGAUAAAGAGAUAAGAUUUGAUGUAUUUUACACUCAAAUGCAAUUACGAUCUGGUGAAAUGAUGGUAGAUAAACUCGAUCUAAUAGAAGACACGAAAGGAAAUUCUGGUGACAAUGGGAGAUUAAUUGUAACGAAUCUGCGAAUUUUAUGGCAUUCUUUGUCUUUACCAAGAAUUAAUUUAAGUAUUGGUUUCAAUACUUUCGUUACAAUCAAUUCAAAAACUGUAAGUACAAUUAAAGGUGGAUACACACAAGCCUUACACAUUUUAACGUCUUUUCGAAAUAGUCAAUAUGAAUUUAUAUUCACAAAUUUAGAUUCGAAAAGUACUAGACAUUAUACCUCAGUUAUUGGUGUAUAUAGAGCUUAUACGUCAUCCAAAAUUUAUCGAGAAAUUAAAUUAAGAAGUGGUAUUAUUAAUGAAAAUAGAUUGACUUUGUUGCCAUAUGAAAAAGUUCAUUCCAGUUCACCAGACGUAUGGAAUUUAUCUGUGGAGCAGGGAAAUGUCGGAACUUUAAUCGUUACGAAUAUUCGACUUGUAUGGUUUGCAGAUAUGAAUAAUCAAUUUAAUGUAUCGAUACCAUACCUAUCGAUUGCUAGCGUUACAAUUAGAAAUUCGAAAUUUGGGCCGACUUUAGUAAUAUUAAGCGACGAAAAUAAUGGUGGAUAUAUAUUAGGAUUUCGUAUAAAUCCAGCACAAAAACUUAAUACUCUUCAUAAAGAAAUAAAUAUAUUAAUAACAGCGUAUAAUAAGUCACCAAUCUUUGGUGUAGACUACACUCUUGAAUAUCAGGGACCGAUGGAAGAAGAGAUUCACCCAGAACGUUUCAAUGAAAUACAAGAUAAUCAGGCUGACAUUUCAGAUGCUUUUGGGUAUUAUUUUUUUGAAGGAGGCUUCAUGCAAAGGAAAGCAAAUUUCUCAAAUUAUUUAGGAUUAGCUAUAGAAGAUCCCAGAGAAGGAAGCACUUUACAAAAUUUAUGGGAACUUGUUCCAUCUACUUGAUUCAUUUUUCUACGUAUUAAGAAUAUUUUCUUUUAUAGACACCCUUGGCAUAUAAUAAAGCUUCUACCGACCUAUUAAGAUCGAACAAACAUCGUGCUAACCUAUAAAUAUCGUACAUAUGUUAAAAAUAAAACAAAUAAAAAAAC